AUGCCCCAUCUUGUGGAUGCAUCCAUAACUGCUACGUUUAACCAAGAGGACAAUUUCCUCAGCUCUAUUUCUUCGAUCAAGUAUCUUCAGCUAUAUCUGCUUGAUCCUCCAUGGUGGUGUAACACCGUUACCUACUCUCGACUUAUCGAGUGUUGUAUAUCUAAUUUUGACCCAGAGUGGUGCGAAUCACUAGUGGUUUUUCUCUCUAAUUGUCCUAAACUAAAAGUUUUUAGGGUCGACUCCAUUGAUCGGUCCGAGAAUCAUGUUCCAGUUUUAUGGAACCAACCGACUUCUGUUCCCGAGUGCUUGUCGUAUUGUCUCGAGUUCUUUAGAUGGACAAAAUAUGCAGGAAGAGAAGAUGAAAAACAACUCAUAUGGUACAUUGUACAAAACUCCAAGUGCUUAAAAAGGGCAAAGAUUUGGCUGAAAUCAACCUGCAAUCUUGAAGAGAAACGGAAGAUGACUAAGGAGUUAAAAUCUCUGCCUAAGGUUUUAACCAGUGCUUCGAUACCCGACCCACCCGCCCGAUGGAAAAAUAUUGUUUAG